CCAGCGAUUCACAUGGAAAACGUUCGGUCUCAGGCUUUAAUUAGUGAUGUUUAGGGGAGUGUGGAGCUAUAAAGACGAACCUCCAGCUUUCAGAUCACACCAGAAGAAGAGGACUGUAUCUCCAGAUGGCUUCUCUCACAGUGAGCGGGCAUCAGAACCACUCGGUGCCCAGACGGUCUGCCUUCACCAUCGACAGCAUCCUGGGACUCGACAGACCGGAUCAGAGAACCAUCCUGUCAGCACCUUACCGACCCUGGACAGACGUGAAACCAGCAUGCCAGAACCGUGGCGUGGUCGCAGACAGUGAUGCUUCAGUGGAUGUGAGGGUGAAUGAAGACAGUAAAUCUUACAGUAAAUCCCCAGCAGACUCGUACAGGAGAACACUGAACUGGUACAUCGGGCGCCGGCCGCGAACGGCCUUCUCUAGUGUCCAGAUCAAGAUAUUGGAGAGUGUGUUUCAAGUGAACUCCUACCCGGGCAUUGAUAUACGUGAAGAACUUGCUAAGAAACUGCAUCUAGAUGAGGACAGAAUCCAGAUUUGGUUUCAGAACAGAAGAGCGAAGCUGAAGCGUUCAUACAGAGAAUCUCAGUUUCUCAUGGUGAAAAACGUCCUCAGUGAUUUACAAACCAGCAGAGAAGAACACUGAUAGCUGCAGAUCCACAUUUCUUCUUCUUCUUCUUAUUCCUGUUGCUCUGUCUCGCUCUGUAAUGUUGUUGUAAUUUAUAUAUAUCUUUACCUGUUUUGUAAUUAAUGCCUCUGAUUUAAAAUAACAUUUAUUGUUAUUUCUUUAUUGUGUGUUUGCUAAAAAUAAAUAAUAAUACAGUCAA